AUGAAGAGCCUCGGGAUGGAGCAGUCGCUGCCGCCCUACGAGGUGCUGCCCACGGGGGUGAACAUGGAGGAGCUGCCCCGGACGACCACGACCACGACCACGGCGGUGACGGUGGAGGAGGAGCAGCCGCCCCCCCGAGACCACCUGGUCUGGUCCCUCUUCACCACCCUGUACGGCAACUUCUGCUGCCUCGGGUUCCUGGCGUUCUUCUUCUCCGUCAAGGCCAGGGACCGCAAAGUGCUGGGUGACCGCAGCGGGGCCCUGAGCUACGGCUCCACGGCCAAGUGCCUGAACAUCACGGCCCUGGUGCUCAACAUCAUCGCCGUCGUCAUCGUCAUCAUCGUCCUCGCCGUGGUGUUCAUUGCAGCGAGACGCUCCAACUAAACAGCUACAGCAACAACUACGGCAAUUACGGCCGCGGAUAGCCCACUUAGCACCUCCUUGCUCCACUGGCAGCGAGUUCCCCCAGUGCCUGCCAGGAGCUCCACUCACCCCUCAGCGCCAGGGGCUGCCCCCUGGGUCCUGUCCCGCUUUUCUCACUGUUCAAAGCUGUUGUUGAGCCCUUGCUGAUGCUGGAAGUGCCUGGGGACGGACACCCUUCCUCAGGUGGCAGCCGAGCACCCCCAAAAUGGCCGUGACCUGCUUGCUGCUUUGCUCUGGGUUUGGAGCCCCAGCUGACCCGAAACAAUCCCCGGGAGAAGCACCUUGUUUGGAGAAAACCUGGUUCGAAUAAAGAUUUCUUUCACUUUU